AUGGCUCCCAAGAUCGCCAUUGUCUACUACUCCAUGUAUGGCCAUGUUGCCAAACUUGCUGAAGCCGAAAAGAAGGGCAUCGAGGAAGCUGGCGGCUCCGUCGAUGUCUAUCAAAUUGAAGAAACCCUCCCCAAAGAAGUCUUGAGCAAGAUGCACGCCCCAGGCCCCAACACCAACAUCCCAUUCAUCACUCCAGACGUUCUGAAGACGUACGACGCAUUCCUCUUCGGUAUCCCCACCCGCUACGGUAACUACUCUGCGCAAUGGAAGGCCUUCAUCGACAAGCUAGGUGGCCUGUGGCAGCAGGGUGCCUUAUACGGCAAGUACUAUGGCAUGUUCAUCAGCACCGGCACUGCUGGUGGUGGGCAAGAGUCGACCGCCCUCGCCGCCAUCUCCUCCUGGGUCCACCAAGGCAUGAUCUACGUGCCUUUCGGCUACGCCAAAGCCUUCCCCUUGCUCGCCGACCUCUCUGAGGUCCGUGGUGGCUCUCCCUGGGGUGCCGGCACCUUCGCCUCUGCCGAUGGCAGCAGACAGCCCUCCGCAAAGGAGCUCGAGAUGGCCACCAUCCAAGGCAAGGCCUUCUACGAAACCGUCUCCAAAGUCAACUUUGCGUGA